UUAACUGAUAAUUGUAGUAGAUGAAAUAUAUAGUAUUUAGUAGAGAUUGUUUCUACUUUAAAUUUUUGGUGGAAAUUCUAACCAGCUUAACGUGUACAACUAAUCGUACUGCAAUUUUUUCUUGUGUUUUAGAAUAGUUGAUAAAAUAAUAAUAAUGGAUUACCCUCAAGCUUUUGUCUCGAUCAUCGUGCUUUGUAUAUUUGUCGUGGUUGGGCUACCAUUAUGGUGGAACACAACGAAAGUAUACAGAGCUGAUCUUCCACAUCAACAAAUAGCAGCAUUAAAAUCAUCCAUAAAAGUGCUACAAAUCAGACUGCAAAUUUAUACUGAAUCUGAAGCAGCAAGUCUAAUGGAGGAAACUCGUUUACUCCAAACUAAACUGAAUGAAACUUUCCAGUAUUUUCAAUUUGAGGUACAUGUAACACGCUUGGAUGUUUCUUCUAAAGAAACACAGAAUUACUGUUCCCUAAUGAAUGAAAAAGAUGUAUCGUUAACAUAUCAUAUUUUCUUAUUGCAAGACAAAUCAAUCAUAAAAAGUACUACAAAAUACUGCAAAGAUGGGUUGAAGUUAAUAAUAUCCACACCUGAGAACCACACUUCGUUAUCAGAAGACAUCGUUGCUUGUACUCGUGCUUUGCUCCCGGUGGAGGAGAUAUCAUCUAUGCCAACUUUAUCAAGAAAGAAAACAUGGAAGUCCGUGCGUGGCAAGCAUACCCUGAAACCGUCAGCAGGUUAUCGCUUGACGUUCAACUUAGCGAUUGCUAAUCCUUUAGAUUUCUUGCCAACUUGGGAUAUAAAAAAUGCCAUUAAUGAAAAGUUGCAACCAGUGUUAAAAAAGUUAGAGUUUAUGGGUCCAUUUCAUGUUUCUUCGCAGGUUUUAUAUUUUGCGGAUGUUGGUAUUACCCCUUAUAAAGAUGGCAAUGUUUUCUACGUUACAAAGACCAAACUACCGCUUUUCAUAAAUCCGCUGGAAUCAAGGUUGAAUACAUACACAUCAACUGAUGCCAAUUUAAAUUUUAUAGUUUAUAUACCUCCAAACAAGUACGCUCCGUUAGUUAUUAAGUCAAAAAAAUCUUACAAUGAACACUACACCGCAUUUCAUAGCCCCAGAUGGGGCGGAAUUCAGAUUUAUAAUCCGUCAAAUGCAAGUUUGUUGAAUGAAAAGUUUACAGUGCCGAUUGAAGAACUUAUGAAAGUAUUUAUAGUACAGUUACGUAAUCUGCUUGGAAUUACGGUACCGGAAGAUUUACUAACAGAUGAACUUUCAGAUUUUGUGCGAAUGAAGUUGCUAGUUUACAAAACGUUCGAACAUUUAAGAGAAAGCAUUUCUACUUUGACUUCUUUAUCCAAACUCUUGGAUGAAAUAGCGAAUAUAGUAAUUCGCGAUGAUAUUAAAGAGUUAAUCGAGACAUCUGUAAAAAAUAUCGAAUCUGCGGUAACAGCGUUAAGGCAUGGACUCGUAAGUGAAGCAUACACGCAUUCAAAAACAGCCUUUGUGACGUCAGAAAAGGCAUUUUACGAUGCUUCCUUGUUGGCUUUAUUAUAUUUUCCAGACGAUCAAAAAUAUGCGAUUUAUGUACCGCUGUUUCUGCCGAUAGCACUGCCUGUUUUGCUGUCGUUCGGUAAGGCUAUCAAUUGGUUAAAAAAUAGUCCUGCUGCAGAUAGCAAAAUCAAAAGCGAAUAAUUUUAAUUUUUUUGUAAUAUAAAUGUUUUACUGCCUAUAUUACGUGAACACAUGCGUAUUUUGUGGAUGUUA